AUGAAACAACCAGUGUACAUCCUGUUGUUGCUCCUAACAUUUGUCGUCUCCUCCGCGGGGACGAUCGCACUCACCUUUGCACCAUGCUACGCAACAUUUUGCUCCGAGGACUACUUCGAAUUCGAGACUAGAUUACACCUUUUAGUCUACUUCGGCUUAGUCGCCGGCUUCGGCUGCUUUCUCCUCCUUCGAUCUUAUACCACGUGGGUUCAUGCCCUAAGUAGUUACCAUCUCAUGCGCAUACCUUUGGGAGGUAAACGUGUCACUUUUGGUGGUCUUUUGGCAAGUAUCUGGAUAGUCGCGGUGGUUGCCUCCACGACUCUGUUCUGGCUGCCAGCUCAACGGGACUUCUGGGGUUUCAGAGCAGACCCCUUGGGAUGGGCGAGUGCUAAGCUUAAACUCACGAUCACGGGGGUGACUGGUCACUAUGCCGAUAUCCUGCUCGGACUAUUGGUGAUCCCAGUUCCUAGGAACAGUCUACUUGGAAGGGGGUUCUCGAUGCAUCACAGCACACUAUUAUAUGCGCACAAGAUCGUUGCCUAUCUCUUUUCGGUAUCAGCAACCGCUCAUGGAGUUACAUACCUUCUGUAUGCAACAGAUUCCAGCAGCGACGGCGAUGAGGCAAAGGAGGAAGCAUUCGCCACAGGCAAUCCGGCGAUGACUCUGUCGGAGAGCAAGCAAAGAAGCGAAUGGUUCACCAUGACCACAUACACCGGUAUAGCUGCCAUCUUGCCCGUGUGGUUGAUCAUCGUCACCUCGCUUCCAUGGAUUCGGAGAACCCACUACAACUUCUUUUACUACACCCAUGUCAUAUUCGGUCUGAUCAUUUUCGUCGCGGCAUGCAUCCAUGCCAGUACCGACUUCUAUCUCCUUCUUCCGGGACUCUACCUCUGGGUCGCCGACUGGACAUGUAGACUCUUUGGCGGACAGGCAGGCGGUCUCGCCUCGAAAACCGGUGCGACUCUGGAAAAUGCAGGCAACAAUUGGCUCAGGAUAUCCACACACCUGCCAGUCUCAAAGAACGCAUCAGCGAGCACUUUUGACCUCGUCCAGGAGAAGGGAGAAACUCUGCACGAACCUCUUAGCUACUACUAUCUCAGCAUCCCAUCCAUCAGCAAAUUACAGAACCACGCAUUCACCGCUGCAGUUUCUGCUUCCACCGGAGCUGGUCCCACUUUCCUCUUGCAACCCACGACUGGAAAGAAGCAAAAGAGGCUGGACAAGGAAUGGACUUGGAAGUUGGGCGCCCUUGUUCCUCAACCAUUUGAGAGCACAGUUGUUGAAGUCCGAGUUGCGGGGCCCUACAGUGUCGGCGACGACGGAUUCAAGAACGCAUCUCACAUCGUGUGUGUUGUAGGUGGAACAGGAAUCACCGGCGCCUUGAGUCUAGCAUCAUGGUGGUUGGAGAAGAGGCCACCGAACUCAACCUUCACUCUCGUAUGGUCUGUGUGUUAUAAGGAGGCUACGACGAUCACGGAGUGGGCUCAACUUCAAGAGGCAGCUUCUUCGGUGCCGGAGCUUACUGUGGUUGCCCACGUGAGUUCAGGAAGUGGCCGUUUGGAUCCCACCUCAUGUAUCCGUGGAGCUCUCAUUGCCGGCCAGCAAACAAAAGCGGACUCCGUCGGACAUGCUUGGGUCUACAGUUCUGGCCCAGCAGGUCUCAUUGGCACUGUUGAGAGGGCGUGUGUUGAGGCCCGGAAGGGUAUCGUUGCUGGUAGAGGGGGGAGAAGUACCGACUCGUGGAAAGUACGCGAUCUGGGCUGGUACAUGGCGAAGUGGGAAGUCUGA